UUCGCUGCUUCAUUUAUUUUUCCCUCUGGUCUCUUCUGUACAACCACCAGAGGAAGUUUCAGUGCCUCCCGAGGUCUGUUUCUCACAUUCUAAAGUUAUGGAUCUCCUGAUCUGUGCAGGUCUUGCGUCCGCCGAAUGGUUCGCCGCUGCGAGAUUUUGGUUCGAGGGAUCGAACCAGAUCUCGCUUCCUGUCUCGCAUACAGUUUUUUAUACUUUCCUGGCACAGUAUCUGGCGCUCAAAUUCUAUCGGAUCUUCCUUUACCAUAAAUAUUUCUCGCCCCUACGUCAUGUCCCCGGUCCCAAGAACAACAACCUCCUUUUUGGCCAGGGCCUCAAUCUCAUUCGCGCCGAAACCCCUACCACUCUUUAUGUGGAAUGGAUGAAGGAGCACCCAGAUGCGCCCUUCAUCCGCUAUCUCGGGUUCCUCAACUCUGAGAUCCUGGUACCGAACAGCCUUGCCGCGCACAAGAAUGUGCUCUACGAUAACUGCUACACGUUCGUCAAGCCGCAAUGGUUUCUCCGAGUAGUGAAAGAAGUCGCCGGACAUGGAGUUAUUCUCAUGGAGGGUGCCGAACAUCGCGCUCACCGAAAGAUGCUCACGAACUCCUUCUCGCUCAAGAGCAUCCGCAAGCUCGAACCAGUAUUCAAGGACAAGGCCCGUGAUAUCUGCCAAUUUUUCGACCAAUGCAUAUCGAACAAUGAUGGCAAGACUGGGACAUUCGACUGCAUAGACACAUUUAUGCGAGCGAUCCUAGACAUCAUGGGCACCGUCGUCCUCGGUGUUGACCUCAACUACGUCAAGCCCGGGACGAGUAAUGAGAACGGCCAAGCCCUCGAUACAGGCAGAACGACCAAGCCUAAGCGGGAGUGCACCUUCCACGAGGCCUACGACGUCUUCUUCGCCCCGGGAACCAUGGGAAAGAUCCUGCUCUUCGCGAACGGCCACAUACCACUGCGCUGGCUACCCCUCAAGGCCAACCGCGAGUUUCUCUUCGCCAUGGAGUGGCUCAAUGACGUGCUCCGGACCAUCAUCCACACCCGAUACCGCGAGGUCACGGCUGCAAAGGCUGCGGGGACCCACGAGAUGAGCCAGUCGCGCGACCUUGUCACCUUUAUCUUCCUGGGCCACCUUUUGGAGAUCAUGGCCGCGGGCCACGACACUUCUGCCAAUAUGCUGUCGUGGAGCUGUUAUAUCAUGGCGACGAGGCAGGACAUCCAAGACCGGCUCCGUGCGGAGCUCGCUACUGUCUCGCCUGAUGCGUCGUUUGCAGAGCUGGACAAGCUGCCAUACCUCGAAUGCUUUGCCAAGGAGUCUAUGCGAGUUUACUCGCCGUCAACCACCUACCACCGCGCAGCCAGCGAAGAUGUCAUAGUGGAGGGGGUCGUCAUACCGAAGGGCACCCUCCUCGAUCUUUGCCCAUCCGUUACGCUCUUCAAUCCUCAGAUCUGGGGUGAAGACGUCGACGAGGUGGACCCGACCCGCUGGGAGCGACUCAAGGGUGACCAGCAGAACCCGUACGCGUUCUCGCCGUUUUCCAGCGGCCCGAGAAUAUGCAUCGGCAGACUGUUCGCCAUGUUCGAAAUCAAGAUUAUCCUGGCUGAGAUGGUGCGGGGCUAUCGCUUCCUGAGCAUCGACAAGCCGUUUAAGGUCGAGAACCCUGGCUUCACUCUGCGGCCAGCAGGGAUGGAGGUGCGAAUAGAGAAGAUUCACUAG